GCGUGUGCCUGUCAAAGAAAUCAAGUUUACUUUUUCUGACUUGUUAACAGAGGCAGGGUAUAAAUAGAGCUAACUCUGCUCAGACUAUUAGCAUUUCUCUUAAAAUAAGGGGGUAACUUCCUAGGACCUUUAAUCCAAUGAGGUCCAGACCAAACUGCACUAUCAACAGAGGCAGCAAAGGAGCUUGCUGAAGUUUUUACAGAAGUCAGGUGCAUUUGGGUUCCUCGAAAAUUUAAGGCUUACCAAAAAAAAAAAAAAAAAGCAACCCCAAGCAAAAAGAACUACCUCCAGCUCGGUCACUGCCAUUGCCCUGGAGAAGUUCUGAGAUGUUGGUGGUGCUGUUCACUCGGUGGAUGUGGAUCUUGCUGGGGAAGAGCAGUGUCCUCUUGCUUCUGGAGGUCUCUCUGAAAGGGAGAGCUUUACCUCCAAUCCGGUAUUCCCACGCUGGGAUAUGCCCCAAUGACAUGAACCCCAACCUGUGGGUAGACGCACAGAGCACUUGCAAGAGAGAGUGUGAAGCUGAUCUGGAAUGCGAGACCUUUGAGAAGUGCUGCCCCAAUGUCUGUGGAACAAAGAGUUGCGUGGCAGCUCGGUACAUGGACGUCAAGGGGAAAAAAGGGCCGGUGGGAAUGCCCAAAGAGGCAACCUGCGACCGUUUCAUGUGCAUCCAGCAAGGCUCAGAGUGCGACAUCUGGGAUGGGCAACCCGUUUGCAAGUGCAAGGACAGGUGUGAGAAGGAGCCGAGCUUCACCUGUGCCUCCGACGGGCUCACCUACUACAACAAGUGCUACAUGGAUGCAGAAGCUUGCAUCAAAGGCAUUACACUGAAUGUAGUCACCUGUAGGUACCAUCUUACCUGGCCGAACACCAGCCCUAUCCCACCAGAAACAACAGCUCGCCCUACUACUGCCUAUUCCGAGACAACGGUCAUUGAUAUCUUGCCGCCUGCUCUAGUGAACAACCCCAUCCAUCAGUCCGUCUACGUGGGAGAGACCGUCAGCUUCCUCUGUGAUGUUACAGGGAGACCCAAGCCAGAAAUCACGUGGGAAAAGCAGGUCGAUGGGAAAGACAAAGUCAUUAUGAAGCCAAAUCACGUCAGAGGGAACGUCGUGGUCACCAACAUCGCCCAACUGGUCAUCUACAACACCCAGCUCCAAGAUGCAGGCAUCUAUACCUGCACCGCCAAAAACAGCGGUGGCCUUCUCAGGGCUGAUUUCCCUUUGUCAGUCAUCAAAGGAGAACCCACAUCCAAAGAAGCUUCCCAAAACAAGACACACUUUCCGACCGAUGAGUGCCUGAAGCAACCAGACAGCGAAGACUGUGGGGAAGAGCAGACCAGGUGGUACUACGAUGCAAAGAAAAACAACUGCUUUACCUUCAUCUAUGGGAACUGUAACAGCAACCUCAACCACUUUGAGACCUAUGAGAACUGUAUGUUAACGUGCAUGAACGGCCCAAUCAACAUUUGCAAUCUGCCAGCCCUCCAAGGUCACUGCAAGGCCUACGAGCCCAGAUGGGCCUAUAACAGCUUGACAAAGCAGUGCCAGUCCUUCAUUUACGGCGGGUGUGGAGGCAACGAGAACAACUUUGAGAGCCGGGAGGCCUGUGAAGAGAUGUGCCCUUUCCCGAAGAACACGCACUGCAAAGCUUGCAAACCGCGCCAGAAGCUGGUGACAAGCUUCUGCAAAAGCGACUUUGUUAUCCUGGGCCGUAUAACAGAGCUGACCGAAGACCAAGACUCAGGACAUGCCCUGGUGACAGUGGAGGAGAUUCUCAAAGAUGAAAAAAUGGGAUUAAAAUUCCUGGGGAAGGAACCACUAGAAAUCACGCUUUUGAAUAUGGACUGGAGCUGCCCAUGUCCCAACAUGACCACAGUGGAUGGCCAGCUCAUCAUCAUGGGAGAUGUCCACAACGGCAUGGCUGUCCUACAGCCAGACAGCUUUGUGGGCACCUCCAGCAUCCGGCGCGUGCGGAAACUCCGCGAAGUCAUCCACAAGAAAACCUGUGAGCUUUUGAAAGAGUUCUUAGGAUUGCAUUAACCUCCUUCACACGUGUCAGCCUUCCAGACCCGUGUGUUAUGUAGGGCUAACAAGCGCUAGGCUAGUGCACAAACUAAACAAGCUGUUUGAAGAUACACCGUAGGAAUUAUGCAGAACCCUUAUUUUAAUCCAUUAAUGAUGCUUAGCAACAAUGUAGUAUGGUCUUUGGCAAGCACGUAAAACAGCAGCAAAAGGCUAUUAAUCUUGCACUGAAAUCAAUUCGUCCAUAUAGGAGUGCCAUUUAACUAGAUGACUCACUGCAGUAAUUAUACAAUUUUUAUGUAGCUUCCAUCAUAAAUGACGGAAUUCAUAGCAUUUGUUUAGCUAAUUGGUACAUAGCUAAGUAAUAUAUAAUGUCAACUUAAUCUGUCUCAUUUACAGUAUGGAAAUGUUAUGGUAAGUCAUUAUAAGUAAGUCACACUCUUGUCUCCUCAUAGCAGCAUUAAUAUUUCAAGAGAAAAGCCUGUAAAUUAUUGUCUAUAUUUACAAUUGUGCACAUUGAAC